UAGCUCCCAGUCCUGGAGCGCCGCUCGGCUGCCAGAAGAAAGCGGCCACCUGCUCCGGUGCGGAGUCGCUCCUUGCUGCGCGCCGAGAAGGGAGAGCAGCCGCCCCUCUGCCCGUGCCCGGGACGUUACCACUGCUCUCGCCGCCGGGGGAAAACUGCCGCCGGCUCCCGGCCUCGGAAGGGGGAGAAAUCGCAGCCCCUGUCCGCUGCGAGACGGAAGAGCCUCUGCAGGCGCGCCGCUCCGCCGCUCCCUCCCAGUCCCGCCGCGGGCAGGCGGGAUGAUGGAGCCCCCCGCCGCCUGCGCCUCCUGCUGCCGCCACCCGCUGCCGCCGCCGCUGCUCUGCCUCCUGCUCGCAACCCUCUGCCUGCCGCCAGCUCUGGGAUUGUACACAGUAAAUGCAGUAUAUGGAGAUACCAUCACUAUGCCUUGUCGUCUGGAAGUACCAGAGGGUCUUAUGUUUGGAAAAUGGAAAUAUGAAAUGCCAAAUGAAUCUCCAGUAUUUAUUGCCUUCAGAUCCUCAACCAAAAAAAAUGUACAGUAUGAUGAUGUGCCAGACUACAGAGACAGGUUGAGCCUCUCAGAAAAUUACACAUUAUCCAUCAAGAAUGCAAGAAUCAGCGAUGAGAAGAGAUUUGUAUGUAUGCUGGUUACAGAAGAUGAUGUCUCCGAAGAGCCAACGUUAGUCAAAGUCUUCAAACAACCCUCUCAACCAGAAAUCUUGCAUCAAGCAGACUUCUUAGAAACAGAGAAGCUACAAAUGCUUGGGGAGUGUGUUUCAAGGGACAGUUAUCCUGAAGGCAACGUGACAUGGUACAAGAAUGGGAGACUCCUGCAGCCUGUGGGAGAAGCUGUGGUCAUAGAUUUGCAAAAGACUGUGAACAAAACAACUGGACUCUUCACCAUGACGUCAUCUCUUCAGUACAUGCCAAAGAAGGAAGAUGCAAAUGCCAGGUUUUCUUGCAUGGUGACCUAUUAUGGACCAUCUGGACAGAAAACAAUACAGUCUGAACCAGUUGUCUUCGAUGUUCACUAUCCAACAGAGAAGGUGACUAUUGAAGUGCUACCACGAAGCAGCACCAUUAAAGAAGGCGAUAACAUCACUCUGAAGUGCUCAGGAAACGGCAACCCUCCUCCACAGGAGUUCUUGUUUUACAUUCCUGGAGAAACAGAAGGUGUAAGGAGCUCAGAUACUUACAUCAUGACAGAUGUGAGACGAAAUGCAACAGGAGAAUACAAGUGCUCUCUGCUUGACAAAAGCAUGAUGGACUCGACCACCCUUACUGUACACUAUUUGGAUUUGCAGCUUACUCCUAGUGGAGAAGUCACUAAACAGAUUGGAGAGGCCCUGCCUGUGUCAUGCACGAUUUCUUCGAGUAGAAAUGCAACUGUGUUUUGGAUAAAGGACAAUACCAGAAUGCAAACAAGUCCAUCAUUUUCAAGUCUUCAGUAUCAAGAUGCUGGAAACUACAUCUGUGAAACUACUCUGCAGGAAGUUGAAGGGUUAAAGAAAAGAAAGACACUUAAGCUUAUUGUGGAAGGAAAACCUCAAAUCAAAAUGACAAAGAAAACCAACACAAAUAAAAUGUCCAAAACAAUUGUCUGCCACGUGGAAGGUUUCCCCAAACCAGCAGUGCAGUGGACAGUUACUGGUAGUGGAAGCAUCAUAAAUAAAACAGAGGAGACCAAAUAUGUUAAUGGAAGAUUUUCCAGUAAAAUUGUCAUUGCUCCUGAGGAAAAUGUGACUUUAACUUGCAUUGCCGAAAAUGAGCUAGAAAGGACUGUCACCUCCCUGAAUGUCUCUGCUAUAAGUAUUCCAGAGUACGAUGAACCAGAAGAUAGAAAUGAUGACAACAGCGAAAAGGUUAAUGACCAGGCAAAGCUAAUAGUGGGGAUUGUAGUCGGUCUUCUGCUGGUUGCUCUGGUUGCAGGUGUUGUCUACUGGCUCUACAUGAAGAAAUCAAAUGACGCCAAAGGGAAGUGUGAGAAGGCAGCAGCACAGAACUUUUCAAGUCUGCCGAGGACAGCAUCAAAACAUGUAGACAAAGAUCUUGGAAAUAUAGAAGAAAACAAAAAACUAGAAGAAAACAAUCAUAAAUCUGAAACUUAAGAAACUAUCUCAGUCGUCAUUUCAGAGAAUACAUAUAGACCAAUUUGAAGCAUGAACGUGGAUUGUAUUUAAACAUAUACAGAGAAGUGACAGCUAUUCAUGGUUCAAGUAUUAAACAGAUCCAUACCUACUACCAAGUUUUCAAAGGAUUUCAGACAAAAUUAUCUCAAGCUACAAUAAACCCCAGAGGAACUAAUUUUGGCAACAGCCAUGAUAAUAGGUCACUGUGUCGUGUUCUGGUUUCAUUUUUAUUUUCCUUUUCUUUUUUUUUUUUUUGGUAAAUGUCUGCACUGAAGAUUUCUUUUUGUUUUGCCUUUUAUGUAAAUUUUUUACGUAGCUAUUUUUAUACACUGUAAGGCUUUGUUCUGGGAGUUGCUGUUAAUCUGAUGUAUAGUGUAAUGGUUUGAUUUCAGUUGUUUUUACGACACCCUUUUUGAGCAGGUACAUGUCUAAUUCUGAUUGUUAUCAGUGAAGCCUCUGCUUUGUAGCGAGUACCUAGAGUGUAAGAGUUGUCUUCAAGGAAAAAUGUCAAACUCCUUUUUUCAUUCUUUGAAAUCACAGGAAAGAGGAAAGGUGACAGCUGUGACAUGAAUAAAAUGAAACUGCUAAUAAAAGUGAACAUUUUUAAAGAGAGAAAAAAGAAAACCCACGAAGCUAAACAGCCAGAAAGAGAAUAAGAGUUUCCACGAAGAAGCCUGGGAGUGAAAAUGAAAACUUUUUAGCCCGUGUACAAAGAGUGGCUAACAGUCCUUUUCCUCUAGAGCAAGAUGUUUUAUUGACAGGUUAUCAGUCAUCUUUCGUGUUAAAAUUAGGCUAAAGGAACUGGAAGUCUGGAUUAAUUUUGAUUCCUUUCUGUUAUCUGCUGCCUUAAAGUACUGUACCUUCAUUUCACAAUUUGGAACCUUUAAAAGCGGUCAUAUCAAAGCUGCAAUUUUUUUUCCCCCCCAAGAAUAGAAAUAUAAAUAUAUAUAUAUAUUUUUUGUGUGUUUUUGUUAACUAUGCUACAGAUAUUGAAUGCACCUUGAGAUAAUUUUAGUGUUUUUAACUGGUACCUAAUUUAUCAGACAGUACAUAUAACUGUAACAAUUAAAUGUCUAUGUAUCUUUAGUUACAUUCAAGUUUGUAACUUUAUAAGAACAUAUUUUAUGCUCGAGGGAAUUUUUAGAAUGGUACUGGUAAGAAAACAUUUUUAGGGUAAAUGGCCCUUAGAAAGUUGUGCUUAAGGGAGGGAAGUUUUAUUCUAUGCAGAAGGUGAGUUUUGAGAAGGAAGGAAGAGGCAGCUUUGUUGGAGAGAAACGUAGAGUAAGCAGAACAUCAGGUUUCCAUUUACAAAUAUCCAGGGCAAAAGUUAAGUUUUUAUAGACUGGUAGGGAAUAAAUAAAGUGAAACAGAUGGACCUUAGGAAAAGUAUUCUGCCACUUUUGCAUUAUUUAGGGGGGAAGAAGGAAACACUGUUACUUGUAAAUUUGUAAAAUGUUAAAUGUCUCUGGGCAGUAGUGACUGAUGUCUUAAUAAAAGCUUCCUGUAGUGCAUUGGCAUGGAUUAAAUGCAUAAGAUGUCCUAUAAACUCUAUGCUGUAUAAAAUAUUAGAGGGCAAUCCUGUUAUCUGCCUCUAAUCUUUGAUUUGUUACUGUUUAUUUGGCCAAAAAAAAAAAUAGGCAAUUAUAAUCUUGGUCAAUAUUUAAACCAAAGUAAAAUGGGGGAAAAAGAAGAAAAAUAAAUCAAGAACCAAAGUCAUUUGUUUUGCAUGGCUAAGCCAUUCUGUUAUCUCUGUAAAUAUUGUGAUUUUUUUUUCCUUUUUAGAAUUUUGUUAAAAAAAUUCUAAAAAAAGCAAUUUUUAAACACCUGUUUUUUCCAAAAUAAAACCUGAACACACAAAAAAAGUUACUUUAUAUAUAAAAUAUAUAUCUUUUUUUUUUCCUUUCUUUCUUUGGUGCAAGAACACUGCCAACUGCUAACACUUAAACUCGUGAGGUGGCCGUGACUCUGAACAGGGGAAGUUGUGACAGGGUCCUAGGAAGGAGUCUGCAACCUGUCUUUGUCAGUGACACUACAAAUAAAUAAGUUGUUAAACAAGAAGUUUCCAAAGACAAGGGAAAGCAUAGGGAAGGGCUGAAAACUUUCAUACUGCUGUCUGGGCAAUACAAGGGAGAGAAGAAGAUGAAAAAAGUCUUUCACCUUCCACAGCUACUACGAGAAUGGAAUGACAACACCUCCUCGCCUUUUGGGAUGCUGGUAGAUCUCCUAUGCACUUUAAAUCUUCAGUCCUAGGGGCUAGGUUUUUUCACCGCUCCAAGUUCACUACGGGCACAUUUCAAGAACCAAGAGUGCAAAAUUAAAUGUUUCUAUCCAUGCCUAAACAACAAUAAAACUGAAGUAUGUCUUCA